CCUCGCGGACUCGUUCGCUCUUCAUCGAUCGCUUUGUGCCGGCCGGCAGCUCUACGCCAAUAUUGUUCGUAUGCAUACCUACAUAUGCAUCAGCCAUCUCCAACACGAACUCGGAUAUACAGUCGCUGUCCUCAAUCCGCACCAGCACGAGCAAGCAAACGCCGUAAGGAAGAGCACGCGCAAUGUCGUCGUCCAGACGGUGGUCUUCCUCCCCCUCAUCCGGCACGGACCUGUCAGCAGGCCGGUCUAUCCUCCCUGCCGCGGCGCUCUCACCCUUGCGCCAUAGCUCCCGUCGCUCCGUCUCCCGUUCCGACCCGGCCCCUGGAGGCGCCACCGGCGGUCGCAGCAUUUGGCCUUCUUCCUCCGACAGCAAGAUCAGCAGCAAGAAGCCGUCGCCGUCGCCAUUUCCCAGCCCGUCACCGUCACUGUCGCCCUCGGUUGCCACCCUUGCCGACCACCUGACGAACGAUGCCAUGGACAGCGCCCACGCCGUGGCGCCGUCGCCCCAGUCGCUUCUUCGCCAGCGCAGCUGCACCGAGCUCCCGCGCUUCGCGGACGCCGACGCCGAGGAAAGGAAGAUCGGCAGGUCUUCCGGUAAGGGCGGUCACGCGUUCGGGCGCUCCAUGCGCUUCCUACCGUCCUCCAAGCCUGCCAGCGUCACGCUCACCCCGGGCCGCAUCGUGCCGUCCGACCUCCGCAGGCUCGUCGGCUCCUCGAUGGACGCCCGCGCCGAUGUCCCCAGCUCCGGAUCGGAGUGCAGCGACGCCUCCAGGGGAUCCAGUGCAAGGUCGACGAUCCCCAAGCCGCCCUCACCGUUGAUUGCCCGCACGAGCUCGGUCCGGCUGCUGGGGUCGAGCAACACACAGUGGGCUCUCUCGCCUGGGAGGCGAAGCAGCUCACCCGUGAAGACACUAGCGACCGUGCAGGAAUCAAAGGGGAAGAAGAGCCUGUUGAGCAUGGGAUGGGGCCAUCUCUUCAACCGACGGAAGACGAUGGACAUAGAUUCAUCCAUUGCCACCACCACCCUCGCCAACGCAUUGCCGGUGUCACGCGGCAACGGAGGAAUUGGGGAGGCCGGGCAUCAGAUGAGGAUGAUGCACUGCCGGUUUCUGCAGUGGCGCUUGUUGAACGCCAAGGCGGACGCUGCGUCCAAGAACAAGCGUGCUAUCGCCGAGGUUCAGUUGAUGGGUGCAUGGGCCAGUAUUUCAGAGCUGAGAGGGAAAGUAGCGAGGAAGCGAGUGCAGCUCGAUAAGGAGAAUCUGAAGAUUAAACUCACCAACGUACUCUCUUCUCAGAUGAGGGGUCUGGAUAUCUGGGGUCAGAUGGAGAGCAAGCACACCCUGGCUCUGAACUCCACACUGGAUUGCGCUAAGGCUGCAGUUUGCAGGAUUCCUCUUACCAACGGAGCAAAGGUGUCCCUACCCGCCAUGGCAUCCAUACUAGAGCAAAUGUUCGAGCUGGCAAUGACGGCCAGGAUAUCAGUUCGCUCGUUUAGCCCCGUGGCUCAAGAUACGGCAGUGCUAGUCUCGGAGCUGGUGCGCGUGGCUCGAGAGGAGCAAGCUCUGUUACAGGACUGCCUCGACCUGCUUGGACGGGUUUCUGCACUACAGAUUGAAGAGCAGAGCUUGCGGUGCCAUAUGGUGCAAUCAUCAUCUUCGCUGAAUCUUGUAACAGUGAAUUAGUAUGGCCAUGGACGAGAGCUCAGCGCAGACACUUGUUCUACAGGCAUAACCAACAAGAAAUUACCAGCGAACUCGCCCAACGCUAGAUUAAAAUCGGAUGCAUCUUUUGUUUUACCUGAAAUCGGAUGCAUGUUGAAGGGAGAGAAAAGAAUUGAUGCUAGUGCAGAGCUGACAAGUGCAUGUGAUCUCAAUGCUUUCAUUUGGUAGCUUAACAUGCAAAACAAGAGUAGAUUAUGAACACAAAGUUCAUCCCUGUUAAUACUGAAUUUGAACACAACGAUGAGCUGAACUGCCUAUUUAUUUCGACUUCU